AGUUUCUCUCAGUCUGAGUCUGGCGGUUACAAGCUAAGACAUGUUUUCCCGUCUUCGCAAGCGUUUUGGGAGGGGGAACGUCGAUUCUGGAGAGACUAGAGUGAAGGAGUCUGGCCUUUCGUCUCAAAGUAAUGAUGGACAAAGACAGCACUUCUGGGGUAUGUGGAAUGCUGGGAGAGAAACAUCUUCCCCUGAAACUGCUCUAAGCGAGAAGCAGGCCAAGAAGGAAAAGGAGAGGCUGAUUAAAGAGCUGCAGCUCAUUACCGAGGAGAGAAAUGACCUGAGAGAUCGCCUGAGGUUCCUGACAGAGAGAUCCAUGAAGAACAGGCCACACUUCAGGCCAAAUCCAUAUUAUGAAGACCUGGAGAGAAUGGAGGAGGCAGUCAUGUCAAUUCUGCACAACUUAGAGAUGGAGAACACUGAAAUCCAUGAGAACAACCAUAAGCUGCAGAAGGAGAUUACCUUCUCUAGGUAAGUCCUGGUCAGAAAGGCUAUCACCUGUGGAAUGGCCAUUUCUGACUUUCUUUGUUCUGGAUUGGACGGUCUUCAGCUCUGGUUCUAUCUCGUGCUGUUUACACAUCAGUGUGCCAGGGUCAUUAGGACUCAGUUUUCAGUUCCAUAAAAGACUGUUACUCAUCCCAGGAUUGUCUAGGCAUCUUCAGAAGGCUCUAGAUAGAACAGCACUGAUUGAAGUCAGCAGAAGGUUAUUAGGCUGACCUGGACCUAUGGUGUCAUACCAGGUUUUACAAAACUCAGUGUGUGGACCACAUGGUUAGCAUGAUCUUCUCUUGGUUCUACUGACCUCCUUUGAGGGUGUUGGCCCACUACUAAUUGAUGUUGCCCCCAUGCAUUGGGCUUUCAUGGAUAGUUGUAGAUCCAUGUUCUUUUUGAGAGAUGUGGACACUAAUUGGUGCUCGGGCCAAACAAAUAAUUUAUUCUUCCCGGAAUUUACUCUUUGUGGUUUGUGCAGCAGCCUUAUAUGUAUCGAAAUGAAUUCUAUUAAGUCUUCAUGGGUAUCUGGGUCCUGGUGGAGUUAGUGGCACUCGGGAGUGGGAAUGGGAGAA